AUGUCGUCGGCAAGGCGGUGGAUGGAGAUCGUUGACAGGGGCGGUGGUGCAGUGAUGCGGUGCCAGAAAGUCGUCAAGAUCGUCAUCCGGGAGUUAGAGUCAAGGAGUCGUGCGGAGUGGUCGCUCCGUGCCUCGGCGCCCUGCGUCAGCGUCGCUUCCCUGCUGCGCGCAGCCGCGCGGCUCUCGCCGGAGCAGCUCGUGCUCGUCCUCCCGUGGGGCGCAGCCACGAUGUUCGAGGAGGUCGAGCUGCUGAGCUUCCAACGCGCCACCUCAAUCUCGCUCACCUCCUGGUCCCCUAUCAAUCUCCGCGCGCCGUCCUCCGGUGAAUCUUUGCCCGCCCUCACAAGGCUCGUGCUCUCGGGCUGCACCGCCGAUGGCCCUUUUUCCACCAGUGUUAGGUUCUCCCACCCGGGCUCCUCAUGCGUCGCACGCAUCCCACUCGACAUCACGGUCCGCUCCUCGUCGCUGCGGGAGCUCGUCGUUGAGGAGACACAAGCAUAUGUAGACCGCAUCGACGUCGCCACACCCAUGCUGGAGCAGCUGACCGUGUCCUCCCUUGCCGACUCCCACCUCAGGGUCUCUGUCCUGGCGCCCAUGGCGGAAACUUUAUCGUGGCGCUGCCGUUACGACAAGAAAAUUUGGUUACUGGACGACGACGAUAGAACUAGAAGUGCUUACUGGACACUCGACAUGGUGAGCUUGCUAUCGGCUCCACCGGCAGCGGCAGAGAGACCACGACCUCCUGUGUUGCGCUUAGAUGCUGUCAAGAACAACUUUCGUGCCUUGGCUUCAUGGACGCCAGAUAAAGCGCGUCAAGUAGAGCAACAUCCGUGGAUGGAGGUUGCCGCAGACUUAUCUGUCUUGGACUUGGAGCUGCAUCUCACAACUUUGGGCCAUGCCUAUGGAGCACUAGUCUUCUUUCUCCUUAAGAUGCAUCGGAUUCGUACUGCUAUACAUAGACUUAAGGUCAGGGUUGCCAAACUCGACCCGGAGACGACACCCACGGAGGAAGAGGAAUGCGGAGAGUGUUGUAACUGCGCGCCUACCAAUAACUGGACAAGCAAAGUUGUCUCCUUGACAGAGCUCACAGAAGUGGAAAUCGACGGCUUCCAAGGAGACGACCACGAGUUUGAUGUCUUGAAGCAUCUACUUAGAUGUGCCCCCAUGCUUAAAAGGAUGACCCUGAAGCAGUCAGACAAGGUCGUCCCAAGUGACGCAAAAGUUCAUGACUUCUUCAAGGCACAUCCUUUCGUGGAAUGCUACUACAUUUCAUCUUCUGACACUGCACCUAUGGCUUUGCUAGCUUGAUGAAAUGAGAAUUUUAAGUUCCACCUAAACAUAAUUAGACACAAGUUGCUGGUGUCUUAGUUUCAAGUUAUGCAAAUU